CUUAUUUCUUAUUAUUAUUGAAGAGCAGUUAGAAAAAAUUGAAUUAGGGUUUCAUCUUCUUCACCCAACUAUAGUAGAAUAGAGAGUAUCUGCGCAAACAAAACCCAGUUCUCUCUUCUCUUCUAAUCUUUCCCGCCAUUUUCUUCACACUCUCCACACUUCAUUUGAAUACUAGCCGUUAGAUCUGCCAUUUCCAUAUACUUUUUUUUUUUAAUUUCCAAAAAAACUUUUUUGACCGUUGCUCUCGCCGGAGUGAACGGGAAAUGUCUGCAUCCGAAGCUGAGAAGAAGGUCGAGCAAGAAAACGAAGUUCCCAAAGGGGGUGAACUCUUGUUCUGUGGUGCCACGUGUUGGGAUAUCGUUGGUCGUCGCAAAGGUCCCGCCGAGGGUAACUUGGUCUCUCCUUCUCGCCUCCGUCCUCUCGUUGGCAUUGAUAUUCGUUACGUUGCCUCUGGUUGCGCGUCUUGUCAUUGCGUAGCAUUGGACGUUGAAGGGCGUUGCUAUACAUGGGGACGUAAUGAGAAAGGGCAACUGGGUCAUGGAGAUACCAUUCAGCGUGAUAGGCCGACUGUGGUGUCUGAACUAUCAAAAUACAAAAUUGUUCAAGCUGGAGCUGGGAGGAGCCAUACGGUAGUUGUUACGGAUGAUGGAAAUUCCCUAGCAUUUGGAUGGAACAAACAUGGACAGCUAGGUUCCGGUUCUGCAAAAACUGAAAUUGAACCAUCUCCUGUUCGCUGUGUCGUAUCUGAAGUUAAAUAUGCUACAUGUGGUGGUGACUUUACUGUGUGGUUAUCUUCAGUCGACGGAGCUUCUAUACAGACUGCUGGUCUUCCACAGUAUGGACAACUCGGGCAUGGAACAGAUAACGAGUAUAAUUCCAAAGACAGUUCUGUAAAAUUAGUUUAUGAAGCACAGCCACGUCCUCGAGCAAUAGCUUCCCUUGCUGGCGAAACCAUUGUCAAGGUGGCAUGUGGAACAAAUCACACAGUGGCGGUGGAUAAGAAUGGCUUUGUCUACACGUGGGGUUAUGGUGGUUAUGGAAGGCUAGGACAUAGGGAGCAGAAGGAUGAAUUUGCUCCUCGCCGUGUUGACAUUUUUACGAAUAGAAAUGUUUUGCCUCCUGAUGCAAUUAUCUCAGCUGGUUCUAUGAAUUCUGCAUGUACUGCAGCUGGAGGGCAAUUGUACAUGUGGGGCAAAAUAAAGAACACUGGUGAUGACUGGAUGUACCCUAAGCCUCUAAUGGAUUUAAGCGGUUGGAAUAUACGAUGCAUGGAUUCAGGGGGUAUGCACCAUUUUGUUGGGGCUGAUUCCUCAUGCAUAAGUUGGGGUCAUGCUCAGAAUGGAGAGCUGGGAUACGGACCUACUGGACAGAAGUCUUCAGCUGUACCAAAAAAGGUGGAUAUACUUGAGGGUAUGCGUGUAUUGAGUGUUGCUUGUGGUUUGGGUCAUUCCAUGGUUGUCGUCGACAGAGCAAAUGUUGCUGAUAGACUCGACCAGCUUGAUACACAUGAUGGCAAAGCUGCUGGUGAAGCAGGUAAUGAGCCCGUGAACAAAACUUCAGUGCCUAAGAAGGCUGCUCCAAAAAAGGGUGCAAAGAAAGCUGACAGCUCAAAGAAGAGGAAAAAAGCAAAAGAUUCAUCUGACUCCGAAGAAGACCAAGAGGCUGAAGAAAGUGAUAACAGUGAUGAUGAAGUUAACGGUGAGGCUGAUGUUAAAACAUCACGCGGUGGAAAAAAUUCUGGCCGAGGGCGCGGUCGUGGUCGCGCUCCUGCAAAUAAAAGCAGUUCUAAAUCUUCUCCAGUGAAGCCAACCGGUAAGAGAGGAAGACCCAGAAAGUCAUAACUUAGUUUUUAGUUGGAAAUUUUGUUCUCUAUAUACCUAGAGAAUCGUAGUAACUCAAAAUGUGGUCCAGCUAACUAUUUGUGGCAACUUUUCUUCAAACAUACAUUUAAAUUGUAACCCUUUUUUAGGAAUGUAGUGGCAAGAAGUGCCCGCGUUGUAAGUUUUGUGUGUGGAGGUGGUAUACGGUAUACCUUCUUCAGUUUCCAUCAGCCCACUGGACGUCAAUCUGCUGGGCUGGUGACCUGCUGAGAUGUUUAUUGAUGAAACAUGAGGCCUAUUAUGUUGUUUUAUUUUUUAAUCCGUGAUGUAUAACAUACUAAUUUUUCAUUGUCACAACUUAAUAUUCAGUAGUUGUUUCUUCAA